UUGACCUCAACGACUCGAACGAUCACCACGACCGUCUUCUCUCUCUCUGUUCUCCCUUUCUCGACAGCAGGCCUGUCUUCCUGUCUUUAUACUUUCUGGGUCUUUGUAUCGAAACGCUAGCGGGUCUAGCAUCACCAUCUCACAUCUUAAAUCAUACUUCAUAUAGGCCGCCAUGACCUCAGUGCGUCCGAGUCGCUCCCUGGCAAACGGGCUUCCUCAGGGCCCUCGAUCACGCUCUGUUGGACGGGACAGGGAUAGAGAUAGAGGCGGAGCUCGAGAUGAAGAUGCCUACGCUCCUUCCAGCUAUACUAGCCGCUCGGCGGCGGCGGCACCACCUGUCCCAGGUCUACCUCGACAAAUUCGUCCCCAACGGUCCAUCGCGACCAUAUCCUCUCGUACCCAGACCAACUCAGAUUUUACUUCUAAUACUUACGAACGCAGCCGCGCUCGCGAGCCGUCUCUCCCUCGUGGUGGUCGUACCCCCAGGGACGAAUACGCAUCUGCAUACGCCCCCGCCGGGUCCAGCGAUAUGCCUCGCGAACGCUCUAGGUACCGAGAAGACCGCGGCUCGAUCUCCUCCCACUCGAGUGCCUCAUCUGGCUCGGGCUCGUCUUUCCUGGAUAGGAUGAAGUCGAGGUCGGGCUCGGGGUAUGCCUCUUCGCGUACGAGUUUGGAGAGUGAGGCGGAGAUGCCGAAGGGUAGGGGCGGUAGCGCAGUUGAAGGGAGGGGUAGGGGAGGUUGGUUGAAGGAACGCGAGCCGGUGCAGGAGCCUCCUUCCCCAGACUAUGAGCCUGAGCGGCAGCCUACGAAUGCUGGCAGCAGCGAAGGAUACUCGAUUUGGAGUCGCGUCGCAGAAGCAGCAAACACGCUCACCGUCAAUGUUAGUUUGGCAUGGGCCACAAACGUCGCCACCUACUCCGGUGAAGAAACGCCGCCCGGACAAGAAUCUCGCCUGACACGCGCCAUGAAAGCCUAUCACCUCGAGAAGGCGCGUGACCCCUCGGAUCUUCCAGAUUGGCUUUUCGACGAGCACGAACGUCGUCCUGCCCGUCCUGUUGCGGGUCGCCCUACUCGCGGCAGCACCGAACGCGACCGUAGCGAUACCGGUCCAGUUUCGUCCUCUCGGCGCGGUCAAGGGCUCAGAGACAUCUACGACCGUGUCGAAGCUUCGUCUCCUCCCCCGCUCGCUCAGCGCGCACCAUCUCGUUCUCGCUUCCGCGACGCUGACGCCUCCGAGGAAAGGUCGUCCAAGGCCAACGACCGCUUGAGAGCAAUUCGUGAAGCGAAGCGAACCGCCGUUCAACGCAGCGCGACGUCAGUUUCUCGAUCUGACGAAGGAGAUGGAGGUCGUGGAGAUCGUGGCAGGGAUUUCGGUGGGGAGCGUAGUGUUCGUGCGCCCAUGAGUAUGCCUGAGCCCGCGGCCGUGAGACGCCCUGUGAGAGGUGGAUUGCCUGCGCGACCUAUGCCCGCUGCACAGAGAGUUUACUAGGGCAUAUUGUUGUAUGCAUGUUAUUGGUUUGUUUUUCUUUUGGGCGUCUCUAUAUCUCUAAAUCCUCGAGAUGUAUCAUUAUGAGGUUUUUUAUGAGGAUGUAUUGAUGAUGACGUUGGGAAGGGAUGGUGUUUCGGGCUGCUGUGGGCGCGACAGGCUAUAUUCCGUUCGGCAGAAACAAGCCAAGAUCGGCCUCAAGACAUGAUGAACUUUCAC